CAUUUAAUCUCUAUUUUUUAAUCAGAUCAGUUGACAACCAUAACAAUAUUGAAUAGCUUGCUUGUAUCUUGUACAUAUUUGUCACCAGAUUUACUUUCUCAAUAUCCCUAUAAACAUUCAUAAGAAAAAUGUCAGAUUUAGGAUCAGAUGAAUUUGAAGAUGAAGCUGGACCAUAUUUGGGGGAAUAUGAAGGAGACAGGAAUGAAGAAGGCGAGAGGCAUGGACUUGGAAAAGCAACUUUACCAAAUAAUGACACAUAUGAAGGUCAAUAUGAAAGAGGGAAGAGACAUGGCCAGGGAACAUAUCGUUUUAAAAAUGGGGCGAGGUACAUUGGUGAAUAUUUGAGAAAUAAAAAACACGGACAAGGAAUGUUUAUUUACCCAGAUGGAUCAAAAUAUGAAGGUUCAUGGGCAGAUGACCAAAGGCAUGGUACAGGAAAAUAUUACUACACUAACGGAGACACCUAUAAUGGUGAAUGGUUGAAACAUGAGAGACACGGACAGGGAGAAUAUUAUUAUAAUGAUACAGGUUCAAAGUAUAUUGGAACAUGGGUUACUGGAAAACCAGAAGGUGCAGGAGAAUUAAUUCAUGCUAAUCAUAGAUUCCAAGGAAAUUGGACAGAGGGCAAUAUGCAAGGACCUGGAAAAUAUAUUUUUGAUAUUGGAUGUGAACAGCAUGGAGAAUACAUCCCAGUUGAAACGUCACAAGGUGAUGGAGAAGAAGAGGAACCAGUAACUGUAACGAUACCAAAAUGGAAGGCAGGAAAUAUAACUGGAAUCACAUUAUUUGUACCACCACCUCCCAAAGAAGAACCCACCGAGGAAGAAACAAAACCAGAAGUAUCAGAAGAUAAGCCACCAGAAGAAGUUCAACCAUCAGAGGCACCAGAGGAAGUACCAGCGGAUGAUGCCACCGAGCAACCUGUUGAGGACCAGGAAGAACCAGCACCAGCUGCUGAAGAUGAACUAGCACCUGCUGCUGAGGAGGGCGAAGCAGAAGAAUAGAUGAAUUUUUUUGCAAAUUUUUUUCUUUCAUAUUUUCAAGAUCAUCCUUUGAUUGGACUCGGCAAAAAAUAAUUUUUAUUUUAGUUAUUCGAUAUUGAAAUUUUGUACAUGAUUUUUAUAAAUAUAGAUAUAGGUUGAAA